AUGUACCCAGAACUCAACAACCUUCUCAACACCAGCCCUGAAGGGGCGGAGCAGGGGAAGCUGACUCUACUCUGUGAUGCCAAGACUGAUGGCAGUUUCCUUGUGCACCACUUUCUGUCUUUCUACCUCAAAGCUAAUUGUAAAGUCUGCUUUGUGGCCCUCGUCCAGUCCUUCAGUCACUAUAAUAUCGUGGGGCAGAAGCUGGGUGUGAGCCUGACCGCAGCGCGGGAACGCGGGCAGCUGGUGGUCCUCGAGGGUCUCAGGUCUGCGGUGGACGUCUUCUUCCGGCCUCGGGAGCAGCUGCACCCCCUGCAGUUCCUCAGGGAGGCCAGCGCCGGGGAUCUGCAGCUGCUGUACGCGUUUGUGCGGGACGCCCUGGAGCCCGUGGAUGGUGGGGAGGCCUCCUGGAGGUGCCCGGUGCUGCUGGUGGAUGACCUCAGCGUGCUGCUGAGCAUGGGCGCGGGGCCGGUGGCGGUGCUGGACUUCGUCCACUACUGCAGGGCCACCGUGUGCCGGGAAUGGAAGGGAAACAUUGUGGCCCUUGUACACGACAGUGGAGAUGCCGAGGACGAGGAGAGUGACGUCCUGCUGAAUGGCCUUAGUCACCAGAGCCACCUGAUCCUGCGGGCUGAGGGCCUGGCCACCGGCUUCUGCAAGGACGUGCACGGGCAGCUGAGGAUCCUGUGGAGAAGACCAUUGCAGCCCACCGCCCACCGGGAUCGGAGCCUCACGUACCAGUACAAGAUCCAGGACAAGAGCGUGUCCUUUUUCGCCAAAGGAAUGUCUCCUGCUGUUCUGUGA